UGUGACGUCAUCUCUAAUUAGCAUCAGCGUCACGUCGACGUAAUUAGAAAAAUGACGAAGGACACGUUAGGAUUUUCCGCCUCGGACAGGGAACCGGGUUCACUCAGUCCGGUUCCGCCGCAGCGGAAACACAAAGGAAUCAGGAUCGAGAAAUCCUGCGUCAGCGCUGCGUCAUGCCGCAGCGGACUCGGCGUGCAGGUUGCGUCAGGCAGCGGCGGCAGCGUCGACAAUGACGUCUUCUACGACGCAGACGACUCUGACGUCGGCGGCAGCGGCGGACAAGCGGCAGAAACGUCGGCGUCGUCGUCAGAUGAUUCUCUGUCGGAUGAGAUCGUGUUGGUGUGCGGACAUCCUGCCGACGCCGACGUCGCCGAUAUCGCUGCCGACGACAUCGUGCUGCUGCGCGGACAUCCGGUCGGCAACGGAGCGAAGCGUGUGUCUGCCGACACCGUCGUCGUCGACGAGCGACCGACGACGCGAGGGCUAACGUUUGAUGAGAUCAGUGCACAGACUGUAGAGAUGAGACAACUCUCUUCCACGAACACGGGCUCCGCCCGCGGCCGUAGCCAUAGCAACAGCAGCGCCGGCAGCUUCCGCAGUACGAGCAACGGCGUUCACUCGUUUGGACAGCGACCGCCACGACUCCUCGACUGUCUAAAGGAUAUAUUGAAACGCUAUCCAGAGGGAGGACAAAUCUUAAAGGAAUUGAUACAGAAUGCGGAGGACGCCGAGCGAGAGAGGUAAGUCUUCUCUACGAUAAGAACCGUAUCCCACGGCGCUAAACCGUUCACGAGCCGAUGCCAGGUCCUUUCGCUG